AUAGAUGGCCAAUGAAAAAACUAUAUUCCAGCAUAACCAAACAGGGAAGAAAGGUAAAAAUCAUAAAGGUAGAGAAGAAGACGAAUGGUUCAAAAUUCCUUGUUUCUUACAAGAAAGAAAGAGUAUUCCCCCACUUUCAGCGACGCCUGAAAUUCGGAAUAAUAGCGCGUGGACGUGAACGAAACGCCAAUGCACAAAUAAAAUAAAUAAAUAAUGAUGAAUGAAUCAGUGGAAGUUGGAGCUUUCAAAUAUAGGAGCAGGAGCUCGAGAGCCGAGAAGGGAAGGCAAAAUCCAGGCCACAGGAACCUACGUCAAACUCCACCUUUCUCUUUCCAUUUCGCAGCCGAAAUAUUCGGACUCUACUUCAAAUAUGGGAAGAGGAAAGUUCAAGGGCAAGCCCACCGGUCAUCGCAACUUCUCUACACACGAAGAACUCAGUGCUUUGCGUCUGUACUUCUAAUGGUUGCAGUUUCCGGCAGCUCUUCGCGCCCACGAACUUUUAAGAGGGAAGAAGUCAGAGAGGAUGCAGAAGAAGAGUCUGAGGAGGAGAUAGAAAAAGAAGAAGAACCUGAGAAGCGGAAAGGCACCCUGGGCCUCAUUGAGAUUGAAAAUCCCAAUUUAGUAAAACCGAAGAAUUUGAAGGCUGGAAAUGUUGAUAUGAAGAAAACAACUGAACUCUCAAGGCGUGAAAGAGUUUCUGAAAGUGCUUCAACUCCCAUCAAUGGGCAUUUGAAAGAUUUCAAAUGCAAUCUUCAGGCCUGUAGUUUGUGCAACUCUCAAAGUAAAAAAAAAAAAGAGGAGAUAGAGAAAAAAAGAGCUCAUGAGCGAUACAUGAGGCUGCAAGAACAAGGAAAAACAGAACAAGCAAGAAAAGAUAUAGAACGCUUAGCCCUGAUACGGCAACAAAGAGCAGAGGCUGCUAGGAAGCGGGGAGAAGAGAAGGCCGCAAAAGAACAGAAAAAAGGUGAGGCACGCAAAGCAGAGAUUAAGAAGAAGCCAAGCAUAUAAAUCUUGGUUGCUCUCUCUCUCUGAAUAUGUAACCCUUUUUAACCUGUACUCUGAAGCUAUUAAAUUCGCAUAAAUAAUGAUGAAGUUUGGUUUUAUGUCCUGAUAAUGUCAGAAAAACUGCAAUAGGUCUUGUUUUGUUAUGGAUGAAAACUUGGUGUUGAACCA